UAACAAACAACUCACACUAUUUUCUCUCUCGCGUUGUGUGUGUGUCCGAUCCAAAAGGAAACAUCGAAUUUAGGGUUUUUCUCUCCUCCGAGCUUUUCCGUUGGGUGAACGAACGACUACCGUUGAUUUCUUCUUCGCUUUCAUUCAGAUUCGAUUCGAUUCUCUCUUCCGUUUUUUGAGGUUCUUAAGCAUAAAAAAGUCAAGUUUUCUGCUGGGGAAGUUGCAACUUUUUUCUCAAUAGUUUUUAGGACGUCACAAAUUUUUCAAGUAUGAGUUCAUCAUGGGCAGAUGUGGCUGAUUCUGAGAAGGCCGGUUCUAAGCCUAAAGGUUCUUAUGUUCCCCCGCAUCUACGGAACAGACCAUCAGAGCCGCCUGUUGCUGCUCCUUUGCCACAGAACGAUCGUCCUGGAUAUGGUGCUCAACCUGCUGGGUCUCGAUGGGCUCCUCCACCCAGUGGGGGUGGUGGCGGCGGUGGCAGCGGUUAUAGGAAUGAUGGAGGGCGCCCCGGAUAUGGUGGUUAUGGUGGAGGAGGAGGUGGUGGUGGUGGUGGUGGCUGGAACAACAGAAGUGGAGGGUGGGACCGUAGAGAACGUGAAGUAAAUCCAUUUGGAGAUGAUGCUGAGCCAGAACCGGUCUUUACCGAGCAGGAGAAUACUGGCAUUAAUUUUGAUGCUUAUGAAGAUAUUCCGGUUGAGACCAGUGGGGGAGACGUGCCUCCUCCUGUUAACACAUUUGCUGACAUUGAUCUUGGGGAUGCAUUAAAUCUCAACAUCCGGAGGUGCAAAUACGUGAGGCCAACACCUGUACAGCGUCAUGCGAUUCCAAUACUGCUUGGAGACAGGGACUUGAUGGCCUGUGCACAGACUGGGUCUGGGAAGACUGCUGCUUUUUGCUUUCCAAUCAUUAGCGGAAUCAUGAAAGAUCAGCAUCUACAGAGACCCCGUGGUUCACGGACGGUUUACCCUCUUGCAGUCAUCCUCUCACCAACAAGGGAGUUGGCAUGCCAGAUACAUGAUGAAGCAAGAAAGUUCUCGUAUCAAACUGGAGUGAAAGUUGUCGUUGCUUACGGAGGAACACCUGUCAACCAACAGAUUAGGGAGCUUGAAAGAGGGGUUGAUAUUCUUGUUGCAACUCCUGGGAGAUUAAAUGAUUUGCUGGAGAGAGGUAGAGUCUCAUUACAGAUGGUAAGAUUUUUGGCGCUUGAUGAGGCGGACAGAAUGCUGGACAUGGGUUUUGAACCACAAAUCAGGAAGAUCGUUCAGCAGAUGGACAUGCCUCCUCCUGGUGUCCGGCAGACAAUGUUGUUCAGUGCUACAUUUCCUAGGGAAAUACAGAGACUUGCAUCUGAUUUUCUUUCAAACUACAUAUUUCUGGCUGUUGGAAGAGUGGGUUCAAGUACGGACUUAAUUGUCCAAAGAGUAGAGUUCGUCCAUGAUUCUGACAAAAGAAGCCAUCUAAUGGACCUUCUUCAUGCCCAGAGGGAGAAUGGUAACCAAGGAAAGCAAGCUUUGACGCUAGUUUUUGUGGAGACAAAGAAGGGAGCGGACGCUUUGGAGAAUUGGUUGUGCAUCAAUGGUUUCCCAGCAACGACCAUUCACGGUGAUAGGUCACAACAGGAAAGAGAAGUGGCACUGAGAUCAUUCAAGACUGGACGGACACCUAUUUUGGUUGCAACUGAUGUGGCAGCACGUGGUCUUGACAUUCCGCACGUGGCUCAUGUAGUGAAUUUUGAUCUACCAAACGACAUCGAUGACUAUGUCCACCGUAUCGGACGAACAGGACGUGCAGGCAAUUCAGGACUAGCAACUGCUUUCUUCAAUGACAACAACACAUCAAUGGCCAAGCCACUGGCUGAGCUAAUGCAAGAAGCAAACCAGGAGGUCCCUGACUGGCUAACUCGAUACGCAUCUCGUGCUUCAUUCGGAGGUGGUAAGAACCGGCGGUCUGGUGGACGCUUUGGUGGCCGCGACUUCAGGAGAGAAUCUUUUAACCGAGGCGGUGGUGGUGGUGCUGACUACUAUGGUGGUGGGGGUGGGUAUGGAGGCGUUCCUGGUGGCGGCUAUGGAGCAAUGCCUGGUGGCUAUGGAAACGUACCAGGUGGUGGAUAUGGAACUGUUCCCGGUGGUUAUGCACCUUAUGGUAGAGGCGGGGGUGCUUACUAUGGUGGAGGAUAUGGAACCGUUCCUAGCCAAGGGUAUGGUCCUGGAGUGGCUAGUGCAUGGGACUAAGCUUUAACUUCAAUUCUUCAAGAACCGAUUAUGUUCUCUCUUACUUAUCUCUAUUGUUUAUUAUUAGGGGGCAGCCACCGAUGUGUAUGUUUGCUCUUUAAAUGGUUAUGUAGACACGAAUCGUCUCUUUGUUCACUGUGAAAAAGAAAACUCCUAGUCCACUAUUAUUUUCA